AUGCUGAAAGAGAAGCGUAAAAGUUAUUCUGCAAAUAUAAAGCUUGAUGCUAUUAACUAUGCAAAACAAACAAGCAAUCAUUUGGCAGCAUGGCAAUUCAAUGUUGACCAUACACAGAUUAGUAGAUGGCGAAAAAAAGAAGAUUUAAAAAAAGCAAAACAAACAAACUGCAGAGUAGGAUCAGGUUUUUCAUCAUGGUAUCCACUUGCCGAAGAAUUACUAAAAAAAGGAAUAGGUGUUACACCUUCUGAUGUCAAGAGUCAUAUGAGACGUCUACUUGUUACUGAAUUUAGUCAAAUUUAUCCUGAUGUGCGUGGAUUUCAAGCUUCAGAUUCAUGGUUUAAUCGUUUCAUGAAUCGGUUCAACUUUUCUCUUCACAGACUUACCAAAGUUUCUUCAAAACUUCCUAGAGAUUUGCAAAAAAAACCUUCAGCAUUUUAUGAAGAUAUUAAUCAAUCACGAAGAAGCAAUAAUUUUGACCUAAGCUGCAUCGCUAAUUUAGAUGAAAUUCCUAUUUUUUUUGAUAUGGUUGGUGCUCUUACACUUGACCUUCGUGGUGCUUAUUUAGUAAAUUUGCGUACUACAGCAAAUGAUAAAAAUCAUUUUACCUGUGUUUUGGGAGUUUUGGCAAAUAGUACCAAGCUUCCACCUAUGGUUAUAUUCAAAGGAAAACGAAAGCCCAGAGGUCAGUUUCCACCUGGAUUAAUUAUCAGAAUGCAGAGUAAUAGGUGGAUGAAUGAGAAAUUAAUGAUAGAUUGGAUAAAAACAGUUUGGUUGCGAAGAGCUGAAAGUCAAAGAAGAUCUUUGUUAGUAUUAAAUUCAUUUAAAGGACACAUUAUGGAAGCAUGGAAUGAUAUCUUGCCAGAAAUUAUAGUCAAGUCUUUUAAAAGAUGUGGAAUAUCUAAUGCCUUGGAUAGUUUAGAAAAUGAAUUAAUUGGAAGAGGCAAAGAUAAUAAUGAGCAUGUUGUUAUAUUCAAUAAUGAAAAUGAGAAUGAAGAAGGUAUUGAAACCAUAUCAUUAAUUUGA